AUGCGCGGCCACACUUCCUGCCUGGCGGCGCUGGCGCUGUCCUCCAUCCAGCCCGUCACAGCGUGUCUAAAGGCUGCGGCGUCCGUCCCCCAAUAUGUAUAUGACUACGCGCCCCUCGUCUGGCUAUACAGUGAGGAUGCUUAUCGGCCCAGCGACAUCGGAGCGCAGGUCGCCAACACUAUCCCGGAGGUGGACUGGAAACCCGUCAAUGGAACACCCACACCACUAACCCUGGACAACCUCGACAGCCUCAAUAACCUAGGCAAUACCAGCGUCUACCUGACCACCCCUAAGGGCAUCGCGCAAGAGCCAGAGCCGACCUGGUGGUUCGGCGUCACGCCCAAUGCGCAGGGCCGGACAAAAAAUGCCACAGGGUGCGCCAUCGUGACUGUCGACCAUGGUGGAGGCAGUCUGGAUGCAUUCUACUUCUACUUCUACGCGUAUGUCUCUCCUACCUUUCCUUGUGGGAAAGGAGCACAACUGACAGACGCCAUGUAUAGCUUUAACCGGGGGGAUAUAGUCCUGGGCAUGAUGUUCGGUGAUCAUAUUGGCGAUUGGGAACAUAAUAUGGUCCGCUUUGCAAACGGGACUCCCACGGCUGUCUGGUACAGCCAGCACUCCUACGGCCAGGCAUUCACCUACAACGCCGUCGAGAAGCGCGGCAAGCGGCCGUAUGCCUACUCCGGCAAUGGCACGCACGCCAACUACGCCACGGCAGGUACGCACGACCACACAAUUCCCGGCGUGACAUUCCCCGACGGGCCACUGGAAGACUACACAGACCGCGGCGUGCUAUGGGACCCCACUCUAAACGCCUACGCCUACACCUACGACCCAUCCAGCGUGACCUUCAAAGCGGCCGGUGACUACCCGCUAGGCUGGCUCAACUUCAACGGCCAGUGGGGGGAUGACCAGCCGCCCAAUGAGCAAACCAUCUUUGGAGAAGCGAAGUAUGUGGCUGGGCCGAAUGGGCCGAAGUUCAAGGAUCUCGAUCGCAGUAAUGUCUGUCCUGCUUCGCCAUGUAUUGUUUGGCCGUUCAAGGAGGCGGGGAAUAGCUCCGUUGUUAUUGCUUAA